CACACACCCACCCGCAUCCAGACCCAUCAUGGUCAAACCCCCCGCCGAAUCCAAGCCGACCACAGCUACCAUUCCCCAGGGAGAUCUCCAUCUCCGCAGUCUGGCAUGAACUCCCGCAACGGCUUUCCCAACUCCGGCCCCAGCCCCUCCGAUCGAAACUAUGCGUCCUCGAGGAAGUUGGAAAACCCGGCGAUCAAUCCGCUAGUUACGAACAAUGGCUAUGGCCCUUCGGGCUCGCGAGAGCGUAGGCCCGGCGGGUACGGAGGGCUCUACGAUACGCAGCCGUCCGAGUCGCUGGAGAGGGAGCGCCGGACGCCCUCCUCGUCGCGCUCGCGGGCAAGGUCGCGGGCCAGGGAUGAUGGGCGAUUUGGUGGAGGGCAGGGCGGUCGGCAUGAUGAUGGAGGACAGUAUGGAGGAGUGAGAGGCCAGACGCCGGUGGGUUCGGGGCGGAGUCAACAGGUUGAUGAUAUCAUUCGUCUUAUCCAUCAGGAAUGGGAUGUCAUGUCCAGCGACGACUGUAUACCAGUCCAGAUUGGGCUUCAGUUGAUGGACAGCAGCACCCUCGGCCAGGCGGACAGAGAACCAGACUUUGUACGAGCGCAUAAGGGUUUAAAGAAGGCUUUGAAGGCUAUUGUCAAUGAACAUCAUCAGGGGUUUAGCGGCGCGAUUGGCACCUAUCACAGCAUUCAAUCUAGCAUCCAAAACUCUCAAGGCCGGCUUCGAUCGUUAAAGUCUACACUCGCAGAAGCUAGAUCGGGAUUGCUCACGACGAAACCGGAACUCCAAGGCCUAGCAACGGCUGCACAAAGCUAUGAUGAUUUGUUGCAAUUGCUGAACCAAAUAGAACAUAUACAAUCCCUUCCGGAGACGCUCGAAGCACGAAUAUCAGAGAAACGAUUUAUAGCCGCUGUGGGUGUUCUGAAGGAAGCAAUGGACCUAGUACAUCGCCCAGAAUUCGAGAAUAUUGGCGGGCUCGGAGACUUGCGAACUUAUUUUGCCAACCAAGAGACAUCGUUGAUGGAUAUUCUCAUUGAGGAGCUACACGAUCACCUGUACCUCAAAUCCCCGUAUUGCCAGGACCGCUGGAAGACACCCGCGGAGGAUGGAAUGGGUGGCGCGAGUACUUCGCGUGGAAUCGCUACUUGGGAUAAGCCAGUGUAUAAGUUCUUGUCAAACCUCAAUGUGACUACGCCCCUCGUUGACGAUACAUCCAAUAACCCGGAAGCCGAUACAUUUUCCUAUAUCCAUUUGAUUAUCGAAACUCUCCACAAGAUGGGAAAUAUGGAAGCUAUGGUUGACCGUAUCGAACAGAGGCUCCCCGUUGAACUCUACGCUGUCGUUGACAAAACGAGUGCCGAAAUAGCCGCCCGGUAUCAGGAUUCUACUCGCAGGGUGCAGAAAGAUGCUCAUGCCCCUGAUAGGCCUCUGGAUGCUAUUGAGGAGCGUGGCCAUAUCCUUUCCGAAUUUUUGUGGGGUUUGUAUGCAAAAUUUGAGGCGAUCGCUGAGGGACAUCGUGUCGUUCACGACAUCGUUGUAGGAAUUGCCAAGAGGGAAGGUAACCAGAAAGAGGCAUUAAAGAAUGGCUUCAAGGAGCUAUGGAAGUUAUACGCUCUCUGCUACAUGACUAUCUUGCCACAGACGGGGCCUCCACAUUCAGAACUGCUCCCGGCGCGGCAGAGGAUCGAUAUUCCUCCAUCCAACGAGACAAAUCCAAAGCAAAAAUUAUUCAAGUUGUCCGAAAUCGACCAGAACUCAGCCGAUAUCAAAACUGAACAAGCUGACUUGGACGAAAUCUUGCGAUCAUCCGUGCCCGGUCUCGUAUCCAAAUCGCGGCAAAAGCUUUCAUCUAGCGGCCCAACUCGUUCCGAUCAAGAAAGCUCAGGGACAGGCCAUAAAUUACUUAUCGAACCCAAUGUCUUUAACAUUAGCCUACUCCUACCUCCAGCUCUGUCCUUCAUCCAACGCCUCACAGACAUCGUUCCGAUUGAUUCGGAUAUUGAUGUUAACAAGCUGACUACGUUUUUGGACGAUUUCAUGACACAUGUCUUCCAGCCACAACUAGAGGAGGCUGUGACAGAAUUAUGUGCCAUGUGUUUUAUUGCAGCGGACGCAUAUAUGGAGGAUCCGCAAUGGAGCUUGCACUCGACAAAGCCAAUAUUCAAGGGAACAAUCACCUUCAUGCACCUUAUCAGGAGGUUUAGCCGGGUCUUGGAUAGUAUUCCUCAUGAUCAAGCUUUCACACAAUUGUUGAUCGGCCAAAUGGUCACGUACUAUGAGAAAUGCUGCGGCUGGUAUAAAGCUCUUGUGAGCCGAAUGUCUUCCCUUCACCCAGGUGGCAUCCGAUUGAAAGCUUCCGCAGCAUAUGCAGAGGCUGAGGACACCCGCAGCAUCGCGACCCAGCUUUGGGAGAGCCAUGUGAGUGAGCGACAGGAGCUCAUGAACAAGGAAAUUGAUCUAUUGAUCAACCGGACAAAUAAUACAUCCUUAGAACCGUACGAUAUUGUUUCAGACCCAAAAACAGUUUAUUCAGUUUCAUUGCUCUAUAACAGCAUGAAUUGGCUUGUAAGCAGCCUGUCGAAACUGCGACAUAUCACGCCAUAUACGGCUGAUUCUUCUCGAGGACACUCAAGGCAGCUCUCAGGUGGCCGUCGAUGGACAUUUUCAAAAACAAGAUCUGAACUCUGGGCCCAAUCUCCUCGUUUACCUAUGACCGAAGAAUCGGUUAAGGGCUUUGAUACAACUCUUGAAUCGAUCAAAAGUCUGGCAAUCACCGCUCUCUUGACACUCCAUCUGGACAUCCGAUGUGGAGCGAUUCACAUGGUCACUCGCAGUCUAAAAGGCGGCAUGAGCUCCCAGCGAGCAGAAGCCACGCCAUCAACUCCUGUAUCCUCGACGGACAACAAUUGGACCCACAUUCUCUCGGCGCAGCCGACUUCUGCAUCUCCUGCCAUCCUUGAGCUCAACAACGACCUUAUUUCUUUCGACGCCAGUAUAACCACCUACUUAGGGCCCAGAGAACAUUUCUUCAUCACCUCCGGCCUCGCGAAUUUGAUAGACCGAGCAUUCGUCUCUGGCACCCGAUUCAUCGGUGCAAUGAACGUCAAUGGUGCCCAGAGACUUCAACUGGACGUCCUCGUCCUGCAGCAGAAUCUUAAAAAUAUAAUCGUACCCCCACCCCAACCCGCAGCCAAGUCGACACCCAGAUCGCCGUCUUCCGAACAAAAAAUCAACGCCGUCAUCCAGGAAACUGUUGCCCUUCCACGUAGCGCUAAGUUCCUUGACUGGUUCUUAGAAGGCCCGGAUAAAUCCGUGCAACACGCCAAAGAGGAAAAAGAAGCCUUUAGGCGCGGAGAUGUUCAAGCCAUGGAGGCCGGGAACGGCGAGCCGUUUACGUACGAUGAGUUAAAGGUGCUGGUCGAGCUGUGCUUUUCUGCAGUACUCAAGGGGCCAAGGGGAACAGAGAGCCGAGAAGACUUUUUGGCUGCGAAGAGGGGAAGUGGAGAUGCAUUGUUGCGACUGAGCGAGGUUAUGUGGGAUUCUUAGUUUCUGCGAAGGAUUUAGGCGCGUUAUUUUUCUUUUGCUUGUUCCCAGGCAUUUCUUUUGAUUCCCCUCGAUGAAAGGUGUUUUGAUACUCCGUACUCGCUACAUAUGUGUUGCAUUUCCUUUCCCCCUCUCCUUCACAGCCGAAAGCAAUAGCUUCACUUGUUA